AUGACUGAAACUCAGAUGGAAGUCGAAUCAAACGAGCAAAAGGAGAUCAAAACGGAAAAAUUAGUGCCCACAAACAAGUCUAAUCGAUGGUGGAAGAAUGUUCAGAAGGAACGGUGAGAAUUUUUUAUUGUUUUUUUGAACUUUAGACGUUACGAAUAUAAUUUGGUGUUUUCUCCAACAUUUUGGUCAAAAGCAAAAUGGAACAUGUGGUUAAUAGCUCGAUCUUGGUCAAGUCAGAUUGAUGAAUGUUGAGACCUACGGGUUUUUCGUUCGAAAAGCUUUUAUUGCCCGUUUUCCUAGGCCUUGCCAUGGAUAAUAUACGUUUUAUGCUUUUUCUCAUUUAGCUCGUCUCAUAUCGUGAAGGACCGUCCUCUACACACAAAAUGGGCUGUAAAAAUGAAGAAGAAGGCUGAGUUGGAGAAUGCGAAGAAGUUGCAGCAACAAAUUAGAGAUAACUUGGCACAAGAGCGAGCCGAAAAGAUAGCCAAGAGAAAGGAGAAUGAAGAAAGAAGAAAAGCGAAUAUUGCCAAGUCCGAGAUUGUCCAAGUUAUCAAGAACACAGAGAAGCUGAAGAGAUUGAAGAAGAAACAAUUGAAAACUAUCAAGAAGAUGGAUACCACUGAAAUUGCUCAGCGUACAGUUACGGUAAGUUUUAUUUUUUCCGAUUUAUUUGCGUUUAGGAGUAA